AUGACUGCAGAGUCCGAGAGGCCGCCUCGCACCAACGGCACCUCUGGUCGAUCCAGAGGGGCCAAGGAUGCAGAGGCGGCAUCGGACCCGGUGCAUCGGUCGGCCAACGAAGGCGCUGUUAACAACACAGCUGCCAAACCACAGAUCACCUCCCAGUUGCCUUGGCUCUCUCCAAAUAUUCCUGCCCCUUCAACCACCGCAUCUACCACGAACUCCGCCGUUUCAUCCCGGGAAUCCUCUCCGGUCCGAUUCUCCUCCCGCGCCUUGAACUCUUCCUCCCACAGCCGUGUUUCCUCACAAUCCCGAAAGCCCAGCCAAGACCGAGCCAGUCCAACCCGGCACUCUAACGGCUCAACACCGGGACAGUCUACGCAUUCACCUUCGGCCAGCUUUUCACGUUCCUCCGCCUCACCCGUUAAACCCUUGGUUCUAUCCGCUCCCAUCGACCCGUCGGCCAAUGUUGCCAGCCCAGAAAAGAACAAUAUGCCAUCAUGGGCUGCGAAUCGCCGUACCGAGCUGGAAUCGACACUUCCAAACAUCUCACAGAAAAGAUCUACGCCACAAGUGGACGACCCAGCGAAGGUCGACCGAAAUGCACCCCGGAAUACUCCCAGGACCACCGGUGGACAGGGAUCAUCGCUGGAGACCGUUGAUGAAAUGACAAGCAGUCCUUCCACUCCUUUGAGCGAGGCGACUGCCAAGCCGGUGACCCCGGAAGAGUCUAGGCUGCAUCGCAUCGACGAAGAUCCGACCCCACGCCCCCCACAGCAAGUCCAAGGGAGCGGCAGCGACAGUGGGGAAAACCGAAGUUCCGAACCCAAAGAGGAGCCUCGUCCCCAGGCGACAGCCGCCACUAAACCACCCCGAACUCUCAUGAACCAGCGGUCGACCACUUCUCUCAGUGCUGGUGCUCGGGGGAAGCCUGCCGAUGGAUCGGUCCGCAACAUGACUGUGGAAACAGAGACCGUCAGUUCGAUCCCGCAGGUCUCCUUGGGGGUUGGGAACGGUGAGCGCGGCAUCGCCUCCCGCUCGGAGACGGGUACACUGCGUAUGAAGCCCUCGACGGAGACCAUCCGUCCUCGAAAAGAAAAGAAGAAAAACCGCAGACCCAACGCUCUCACCGCCGGUCCUGCAUCAAGCAAGGCGGACAUCUUCGAAGCCAAAGUGGCCAAUGCGGUGGACGAGGCCGAUGUCUCGGACUCCGACGAGACUUUCGUUUACGAAUCAAACCCCCCAGAUCCGUACCCCAUCCGUCCUCCUCGCUAUCAUUCCCGCACGCCAAGUGCCACCUCAAUGGUGAGCCAAGUCGAUCAACUAUCCAACCGCACACGAGGGUUGCGAGAUGCAUCCCAUGGUGUGACCGGCAAGCGCAGCAUGAAGUUCACCGGUGCCAACAAUAGCAUCGACGGCGGUAUGCCGGAUCUUGAUGGGCCUGCCCGAUCCACCAGGACUGACGGAAGUGGAACCAUCACUCCGCGGCACCACAAUGUUGGCAGUCGUCAUCACGGCCGAGGCAUGCAGAGCGUUUUGGACUCUGAUACCUACGCUCAGCCCGGGCCCCAUGCUCCAAAGUCCCCUCGCCAUUUCACUGGGGCUGGUUACCGACAGUCGCGACACAACGGUAUUCGGAUGUCUCCCAAUCACCGAACUUUAAACGGGUUCAAGAAGGGUGGGGAAUAUGGUUGCUCCGACUACGAAGCUGAAGGUGCAGAUGAUGAGCGUACGCCCCUGGUGGGCACACGUUCAGUGCGCAGCCGAAAUGGCGGUCGCCGCCCUAAUAGUGCGAGCUUACGACAGAUGGAGUACAUGGCGCAACGCCACCGGGGAAUCUUUUCCAGGUUUGGCUCUUGCGCCAUCAUCUUCCUGUUGCUGUUGAUCGUUGCUGGUGGUGCAACUUCAUUCAUUGUUGCGGCAACCCAGCCCUUGUUGGAUGUCCAGGUUAUCGCAAUUCAGAAUGUCCUUGCCUCAGAGCAGGAGCUGAUGUUAGAUUUGAAUGUGCAAGCUGUCAACCCCAACCUGUUCCCUGUGACUAUUGACGAUACCGACGUGAACAUUUUCGCGAAGAGCGGGUACGUCGGAACAGACAAGUUCUGGCGAGAGCAUGGCGCCGAGGACCUGGAUAAUUUCCCGCGCGUCGAGCAAAGUCGACGUCGCUGGCAACUGUCACGAGCUGUUCGAUGUAUGGGCAGUGUGGAUUGUCUGAAAGAAGCCAUGGGCGGACACACCGCACCACAUGCCAGCGACGGAGUGGACAAAGGCACCGACCCCCCCGAGGACCCAGAGGGAGAUCCAAAGUCCAUGCUUCUCGGUCGGGUAUUCCGCUUCGACUCUCCCCUUUCCUUCGAGUCCUCACCGUGGAACCACCGCACCUCAAGCUCAAAGGGACAGAUCCGAUUAAACCGACCAGGCAACAAAACCGAGACAGGAGGCACAGAGCGCUGGGAGCGUGUCCUCCAGCAUCCCUUUGAGCUCACGGUCCGCGGAGUCGUCAAAUACCAACUCCCUCUUAGUUCCCGGUACCUUUCCGCGUCUAUCAGCUCCAGCAUCAAAGUGGUGCCCGAUACCGAGGACCCAGACACACCGGAUAAAGGCAAUCAAACCGCCCGGAUCACCGCCAAGCGGAACUUACCUCUUCUUCCACUCGAUGCUCGCUCGCCGGGCUCGAGACGACCCUUUACGGCAUAA